GCGUGUGCGACUGGGCACGGGCCAGUAGCGGCGGCGGGGGCCGGAGCGGGAGUGGCCGCAGCCCCAGCGCAGGGUCCCAGUGCGGCGUCUUCAGCAGAGGUAUAGAAUGAAUACCUACCUUUUCAUCUAUUAUUUAAUCCAGUUCUGUGGACACUCAUGGAUAUUUACAAAUAUGAUGGUCAGACUCUUCUCAUUUGGGAAAGAUUCUUUAGUCGACACCUUCUACGCUAUUGGACUUGUGAUGCGUCUUUGCCAGUCCCUUUCCCUUUUGGAGCUGUUGCACCUAUACGUUGGCAUUGAACCAAAUCGCCUUUUCCCUAGAUUUCUACAGCUAACAGAGAGAAUAAUCAUCCUGUUCGUGGUGAUCACCAGUCAGGAUGAGGUCCAAGGGAAAUACGUUGUGUGUGUGUUAUUUUUCUUUUGGAACCUAUUGGAUGUGGUUAGAUAUACAUAUAGUAUGCUAUCAGUAAUUGAAAUACACUAUCCUAUUUUGACAUGGCUCAGACAUACACUGUGGAUGCUAAUUUACCCUCUAUGUGUUCUUGCUGAAGCAUUUGCCAUCUAUCAAUCACUGCCUUAUUUUGAAUCCUUUGGCACUUACUCCAUCAAAUUACCAUUCCCAGUUGCCUUAUCAAUCUAUUUUCCCUACGUUCUGAAAACAUACCUGAUGGUCCUAUUUGUUGGUAUGUACUUUAUCUCUAGUCACCUCUACUCAGAAAGAAAAACAUCCCUGAAAGACUUUUAUGCCAAAGAGAAGAACAACUGAUGUAAGGAAGACAAUGCUAAAGAAUAUGCUUUGGACGACAUUCCUCCAUAAGUAUUUUGUGGCAUCUUUGAUAAUACCCAUUGUUUUUUCUAAUGUAAAAUGAAACAAACAUCCCCCCGAAGUUAUCUAAGCAUGUUCUCAGUUUCCCACCUAUCACUCUUCUCAUUUGUUAGCUUUCUGCCUCACCAGAACUAUGGCUUUGUUGAUUAAAGUUAUAUUUGGCGUUUUAUGAAGAUUUUUUCCCCCUAGAAAUUAAAUAAGGAAUCAUCGGAUCACCUAAAUUUGGAAGCCAAAACAGGCAUUCUGCUAACCUGAAUUCCUAACAUGCAUGCACAUUUAUUUUCUUGUUUUUCCUGUGCUCUAUUUAAAUAAACUAAAAUAUAGAGGCGGGA